AGCAAAAAAGAAAAAAUGCAAGAGACGAUCGUCCUCUACCCAUCGCCAGGGUUGGGCCAUGUUUUGUCAAUGGUGGAGCUCGGCAAACUCAUUCUCAGCCGCUCAAACAACCGCUAUUCCAUCUCCAUCCUACUCACUACUGGCUUUUGGGAUACCCCUUCUAUCUUCUCUCACAUCGAUUCCGUCUCCAAAGCUUUCCCCUCCAUCUCCUUCUUACGCUUCCCUUCCAUCUCCGUCGAUCUAUCCCAGAACUGCAGUGCCGUCGCCAUUUGGUUCCAAUUCAUCCGCCUUCAGGCACCCAACGCACACCGUUCUCUCCAAGAAAUCUCCAAAACUCGCAAAGUCUCCGCUUUUGUCAUAGAUCUUUUCUGCACUUCGACUUUAUCAGUAGGAAAAGAUCUCAAGAUCCCUACUUUUUACUUCUUCACCUCCGGUGCUUCUACUCUUGCAGCCUUCCUUCAGAUCCCUCAGUUUGAUAACCAAACCAGUGGAAAAAGCUUCAAAGAUCUCCCCGACACAAUCUUCCAUUUCCAGGGCGUGCCGCCGUUGAGAGCAGUACACAUGCCUGAACCUUUACUUGAUAGACAAGAUCCGGCUUAUCAUGAGUUGAUGUACUUCAUUUCAAGUCUCCAACAAUCCGAUGGAAUCAUAGUUAACACUUUCGAAGAUCUCGAACCCAUUUCCGUCAAGGCUAUUGCUGAUGGUUUAUGCCUUCCCGAUGCUCCAACUCCGCCAACUUUCUACGUCGGACCGUUGAUUGUAGCAGGUAAAGGUGAAGCCGAAAGCAACUACUGUUUAUCAUGGCUGGAGAAGCAGCCGAGUGGAAGCGUUGUGUUCUUGUGCUUCGGAAGCCGUGGAACGUUCUAUCCAUCCCAAGUUAAGGAAAUAGCCAAAGGGUUGGAGAUGAGUGGGCAAAGGUUCCUUUGGGUUGUAAACGAUCCACCCAACAAUGAGAAGAAAACAAAGCAAGCUGAAGAUUGCCCCAAUGUCGAUUUGGAUUAUCUUUUACCAGAAGGGUUUAUAGAGAGAACCAAAGAUAGGGGUCUGGUUGUGAAGUCAUUUGUGCCACAAGUAGCAGUGCUGAACAAGGAUUCUGUCGGUGGCUUCGUGACUCACUGUGGGUGGAACUCGGUACUGGAAGCAGUGGUCGCGGGGGUGCCAAUGAUUGCAUGGCCUUUAUAUGCAGAACAACACUUGAACCGGAACAUAUUGGUUGAGGACAUGAAGAUGGCUAUUCCGGUGGAGCAAAGGGAUGGGGAUGGGUUUGUGAUUGGGACUGAGUUGGAGAAGCGAGUGAGAGAGUUGAUGGAAAUGGAGAAUGGCAAGGUGCUUAGAGAAAGGAGCAUGAAGAUGAAACAAAAGGCAUUGGCUUCUUUGGGUCCAACAGGGUGUUCCAUUAAAGCACUUACCAAGCUAGUUGAAUUAUGGAAUCAAGGAUGAGGCUCUGCUUAAUUUU